UGCUACAACACCAAUUAUCUUAAUUAGUCACAAACCAUCAUAUAUUAUCACUUCAAAUGGUGGAAUUGGCGUAUAUUUCGUUCAUACUUGGUGAAAUAACUAUGAAUUUAUCCAAUUUCUUAAAACCCCUUAGCUCACUCUCAAGUUUACUCAUCUUCUCCUACACUAAGUUAUGCCCCUUGACGAAAUCGAGUAAUAUCAAUAUUAUUACUAGUAGUGAUGAAACAAAAGUCUCCAUUAGUGUUAGUGAGGUUAAUAUGGUGAUGAGAAGUCUAGGGAUGUGGAAUAAUGGAUUAAUCGAGGGUUCCAAUGAGAAGAAAGUUGUUGAGAAGGAAGUGUUCGACGAGUUGUUUGGAGAAGAAGAGCCAUGUUUGGAGGAAAUUUGGGAAGUUUUUCAAGUGUUUGAUGAAAAUAAAGAUGGGUUUAUUGAUGCUAUGGAAUUGGGAAGAGUUCUUUGUAGUUUGGGAUUUCUUAAGGAAGGAUCAAAUGUUGAAAGGUGUAAGAAGAUGAUUAAGGGUUUUGAUAGGAAUGAUGAUGGAUUGUUGGAUUUUAAUGAUUUUCUCAUGUUUAUGCACACGUGUUUGUGUUAAUUCAUUAGGUUCCUACAUACUGAUCGGUCUUAAUAACUAUGUAACUCCACUUUCUUUCUUUUCUGUUUAA